CUGCCAGCUAGCCAGAGCAGCGGGAGAGCUAGGCGGGCAGAAGUCGGCUUGAGGGACGGGGUGCGAGAGUCUAGUUUUUCGUCUCCCCCGCAGCCAUCCUCCGCAACUCUAGCACCGCGGUUCCUCCGCGCAGCUCUGCGGCCUGGGGUCUCGGGCCGGGAACCCAGGGAAGGGACGAAGGAGGAGGCAAAAGCGGAGUGAGGGACAGAGGGGGGUCCCGGCGCGGGGCGAGGCGCGUGCUGCCUCUAGCUCUCUCGCUUCAGCCGCCGCCUCCUUGCUCGGUACUGCGGCCCCUGAGUGCAGGGGACCCACGGGGCGCCCGCACUAUGCAGGCGGACUGCCGGCCGCCGCGAUGGCGAGCCGGACGGUGGUGAGAUCAGGGCGCAGCCCCCACAGUCCCCAAGUCCGGGCCGUGGCCGCCGCCUCCGUCCGGGCCGCGCUCCCUGAUUUUCACUCCUGCCUCCUCCCACCCCGCUCCAACUGCCCCUCCUUCCCUAUGCCUCUGUAUCUUCUGCUCUUACUUAUCCUUCUCUUGCUGCUUAAGAACGCUGGAGCUCAGCAAGGUGAUGGAUGUGGGCACACUGUACUAGGCCCUGAAAGUGGAACUCUUACGUCCAUAAACUACCCACAGACCUAUCCCAACAGCACCGUUUGUGAAUGGGAGAUUCGUGUAAAGAUGGGAGAGAAAGUGCGCAUCAAAUUUGGUGACUUUGACAUUGAAGAUUCUGAUUCUUGUCAUCUUAAUUACUUGAGAAUUUAUAAUGGAAUUGGAGUUAGCAGGACUGAAAUAGGUAAAUACUGUGGUCUGGGGUUGCAGAUGAACCAUUCAAUUGAAUCAAAAAGCAAUGAAAUUACAGUGCUGUUCAUGAGUGGAAUCCAUGUUUCUGGACGAGGAUUUUUGGCUUCUUACUCAGUUACAGAUAAACAAGAUCUAAUUACUUGUUUAGACACUGCAUCCAGUUUUUUGGAACCUGAGUUCAGUAAGUACUGCCCAGCUGGUUGUCUGCUCCCUUUUGCUGAGAUAUCUGGAACGAUCCCUCAUGGAUAUAGAGAUUCCUCACCGCUAUGCAUGGCUGGCGUGCAUGCAGGAGUCGUGUCCAACACCUUGGGUGGCCAAAUCAGCGUUGUGAUUAGCAAAGGCAUCCCGUACUAUGAAAGUUCUCUGGCAAACAACGUCACCUCUGUGGUGGGACACUUAUCUACAAGUCUUUUUACAUUCAAGACGAGUGGUUGUUACGGAACACUGGGGAUGGAAUCGGGCGUGAUUGCCGAUCCUCAGAUAACAGCCUCAUCCGUGCUGGAGUGGACGGACCACACAGGCCAAGAGAACAGUUGGAAACCCGAGAAGGCCAGGCUGCGGAAGCCAGGGCCUCCCUGGGCUGCUUUUGCCACUGAUGAGUAUCAGUGGCUACAGAUAGAUCUGAACAAGGAAAAGAAGAUAACAGUGAACCAACCUAGAGGAUCAGAGUGGCACACUAUGAAAGCAACUCUCCAUUCCCCACCAGGCAUCGUGACCACGGGCUCCACCAUGGUGGAGCAUAAUUACUAUGUGUCGGCCUACAGAAUUCUCUACAGUGAUGAUGGGCAGAGGUGGACUGUGUACAGAGAGCCUGGUGUGGAGCAGGAUAAGAUAUUUCAAGGAAACAAAGAUUAUCACCAGGAUGUGAGUAAUAACUUUUUGCCACCAAUCACUGCACGUUUUGUUAGAGUGAAUCCCACCCAGUGGCAGCAGAAAAUCGCCCUGAAAGUGGAGCUGCUGGGGUGUCAGUUCAUCCCUAAAGGUCGUCCUCCAAAGCUCACCCAACCUCCACCUCCUCGGAGCAGCAGUGACCUCAAAAACACCACAGCCCCUCCAAAAAUAGCCAAAGGUCAUGCCCCCAAAUUUACUCAACCACUACAACCUCGCAGUAGCAAUGAAUUUCCUGUGCAGACAGUACAGACGACUGCCACUCCUGAUAUCAAAAACACUACCGUAACUCCGAAUGUAACCAAAGACGUGGCCUUGGCUGCCGUCCUCGUCCCCGUGCUCGUCAUGGUGCUCACCUCCCUCAUUCUCACACUGGUGUGUGUGUGGCACUGGAGAAACAGAAAGAAAAAAACGGAAGGCACCUAUGAUUUACCUUACUGGGACCGGGCAGGUUGGUGGAAGGGAAUGAAGCAGUUUCUCCCUGCCAAGUCAGUGGAACCCGAGGAAACGCCAGUUCGCUACAGCAGUAGUGAGGUUAAUCACCUGAGUCCGAGAGAGGUCACCACGGUGCUGCAGGCCGACUCUGCAGAGUAUGCACAGCCACUCGUGGGAGGACUUGUUGGCACACUUCACCAGAGGUCCACCUUUAAACCAGAAGAAGGAAGAGAGACAGGCUACGCCGACCUCGAUCCUUACAACUCCCCGAUGCAGGAAGUUUAUCAUGCCUACGCCGAACCACUCCCGAUUACUGGGCCGGAGUAUGCAACCCCGAUUGUCAUGGAUAUAUCGGGGCACACCACAGCUUCGGUUGGUCUGCCCUCAACGUCCACUUUCAAAGCUGCAGGGAACCAACCUCCUCCUUUAGUGGGGACAUACAGCACUCUUCUCUCCAGGACGGACAGCUGCUCCUCAGCCCGGGCCCAGUAUGAUACCCCAAAAGGUGGGAAGCCAGGUCCCAGUGCCCCGGACGAAUUGGUGUACCAGGUGCCACACAGCGCACAGGAGGCAUCGGGAACAGGGAGGGAUGGUGACGACGGUGGUGUUUCUAAAGAAAUCCUCUAAAGGUGAUGCUGCUCUUUACGAAGCAUCGUUUUAAAGCACACGGCCUUUUUGUCCUAUUAGUGGUAGUGAUACAGAGAAUGUACUACAUGUCUGUCAUGAAUGUCACUGGGGAAACGGGGUGACCGAGGUACGGAAACUACUAAUCUUGUCAUCUUGCUUUGAAAGUGUUACUGUGGCGCGCUUACUGCUUGCCCGUUAAGUUUUGAACAUCCUGUUUGUUACUACUGUAAAACACUAUUUUUAACACAGAAAAAGCUCCCUACUAUGCACUUCAAAGAAAUUAAAAAUCACUGAGUAAAUAUUUAUUACCGAUGCUGCAGGUACAUGUGAUAAAUUCAAGAAGUGGCUUUGUGAGCCUGACUGGCAAUACGCAUGGCACUGUUCUUGAAAUGCCUAAUGGCUUGACAUUCUGCUCUUUGUUAAGGAUGGGUACUGCCAUGAGUUCCUCCUCUCCUAUUCCAGUGUUGCUUUCUGGGUUUUUAAAAAAUGGUGACAAGUGAUACAAUCAUUGUUUGCAUUGCAGUCAUAUGCACUUGUCCGUUUUUCCUUAGGAGAGCUCUAGGUGAGAAACUCUGGCUUGUGAUGAGCAGGGUGACUGAUUUUCACUUUUUCACACUCUUCAGUGCUUUGACAUUGACGGUACAUGACCCGGUCCUGUCCCUGCCUGUUCCACCUGGGACCUGUGGUGACAAACCCUGUCCUUGUGUUUAUAAAUAAAACAUUUGGGUUUUUUCAGGGGGUGAUUAUUGCUUUAUCAAACCUCACAAAUUCACAUGUUUAAGUUUACUUCUGUAUGUGGAGAUGGGAACUUUACAAUUUAAAAAAGCUCUAAAAGAGAUCCCGUUCCUCCCCUCCAACUUGAUUUGCAGUGGGAUUUUUCCUGAGCGAGUUGUGAAAAGUUGAGGGCUUCCAAGCAGACACUGUAAACACAACCCACUUAAUACUUAUCACAGUGAAAGGCAGAACCAGUCUUCGGAAGUCAUAUAAAUUACCUUUAAAAAAAAGUAGCCAGAAUUUGCUCUCUUUCAUCUUAAGUGUAGGUAGAUUUUUUUCUUUAAAUCGCAAGGUAUUUUUUUACUUUUAAUUAAAUUUUAAAAAUUCAGUUUUCCAUAAACUAUUAUAAGAUCUAUAAACCCAACGUGUACUCUUCAGCUCUGUGUGCAUGUGCCUGCUGUGUGGUAAGAGGUGGGAGUAUUUCUGUGUAUCCUGCCGCACCGACGAAGAGGGGUCACAGGGGUCACAGCGUCCCAGCGUCCCUGCACGGGACCUUGCACGUGGAAUUCGAUAUUCUGGGCAACUUGUUAGUCGCCACUUGCCCAGAACUAGUUUCAGGUUUGUGAAAUAGAAAUCGUCUGCAGUUUACCAGCCUGUAAUGUAAAAACCAUGUUUAAAUGUCUUUAGACUGGCAACAUGAUAUAAGCUGGCCAUGUGAUUAAAAUUUGACAUCCCUUCUUCUGUAAACCUUAAUUUGUAGACGUAAUAGAAAUGUACUUUUCCACUGGGUCCAAGUUAUCUCUGUUGGCUUGGGCCACCAGGUAUGUUGUUGCCAGAAUUUGCUAAAUUUGACUAGUGGUGAACAGUCUUCAUUUGUUGCUUCCUGGGUAUAUCAGUAAGCUAAAUUAUUGCUUCAAAACAGAACCAUGUAUUCCUACAGCCUCCUUGCCCUCUACUCGGUUGGGUUUAUUUUUAUUUGCUUUUGCUUCUCCAAAUACACUAUGAGGCACAAUUUUCUUCAUAGAAAAGCCAAUACAUACUUUGUUUUAAAACAUUUGAAAUAAAAAGCACAGGUAUUGAACUUCUAUUAGAAUACACGGAUGUGUGAAGCACAUGUAUUAAUGGAGUCACCCCCUUUCAGGGGCGAAGAGAGUAAGCCAAUUGCUUUAUUUUUUUAAUUCAUCCUUAGUACACAGAGAAUAUACUUUUCCUAAAAUCGUAUGCCUGAAGCUUUAAGAGAAAUGUUUUCAGUGACUAUUUCAUUUUCCCAAAGAUGCUCACUACUUUUAUGUAUUUGUGUGCACCUCCUUUUCCCAUAGAAGUUUUUUGGGUUUUUUUUUUUGAGAAGCCAGUGUUUCCUUAAACGACGCGUGUUGUUUCAUGAAGACUUGAUUCAUGUUGCCACUGCGCUGGCCUUGAACUGCCAAUGAUUUUUACAAAAUACUGAGUUUUUACUACUUUUAUGUAUUUGACUUUCCAAAUGAAGAGCUGAGCCUGAUUCAAAGGGUUGUUCUGGUUUUGUACUUUUAGUUUGUUUUCAUAGUUGAGUUUUGGGGUUUGGGUUUUUUUUUUUUAACUGCGUUUAUGUGUCUGGUAUAUAUAUAUAUAUAUAUAUAUAUAUAUAUAUAUAUAUAUAUAUAUACAGCUUUGAAGACAAUCAAAUAACAACUGAAAAUGUGAAAUCAGCCAUUUUUUACAAAAUGUCCUUGAAUCUUUAUUCUUUGCUUGAAACAUGUAAAAGACUUCAGUCACUGUGGUUUAUUGAGUUACAUGUUUUUUCCUGUUAAUACAGCUAUAAAAACAGAAUCAGACAAUGGUGCCAGGAGUGUGGCCAUUACAUGUUUCAUAAAAGUUACACUGACUUCACUAUUCCUUGAUCUUAGGAACCAGCACAGUUAAAGAUAUUGUGAAUGCCGAUUAUAUUUUAUUGAAAGCUGUAUAUCCAAAUAGAUCCUUUUGUUAUGCUGGGUCUAGUCCAGUUAUUUAAAUUCAUGUUUCACUGUUUGCACUUUGCAUUGAACAAUGGGUUUAGUUCGCUGAUGAAAUGGUUCUGGUAGAGAAAUUAUACAGUAACCAAAAAUAUGCUGUGUGUACUUGCCCUUGCCCCCCCGGGGGGAGGGGCAGAAAAUGAGCUCGUCUAAAUAUUGAUGUGGCUAAAAUUCCAUGGGAAGUGAUAAAGCUUGAACUUGUUGCCGUGGCUUCACAUUGUCAUCUGUAGAACAGAUGACACGAUUAGAAAGAACUAAUAGAUUAUGCUUUUCAGACAUUUCCAAGAGAUAUUAGUGAAAUCAGUGAAGCGCUCCCUGAAAGUUACCUAUUAGCUCUGCCUUUCAAUUCUGAACUUGAAGUCCAUAAACUGCAAAAUCUGAGUUGGAUGGUUAUUAAAAUAUUUUCUAGAUCACGUGUGGCACCAAUUCUCAUUUAAUCAGCUUGUGACUAGUUUCUUCUCUCCCCCCGCCCCAAUUUUUUGGCACUAGGAAUGGUGGAAACAAAACAUAUUGAAAUACAUUAUUGGAAAUAAAAAUGGCUUGAGUGUCAGUGAUAUUCUCCCAGAAUGUACUUUUCUUACCUCGGCAUGUACUGUAGUCACUCAGUAUUUGUAUAUGUUGCUAGAAUUUAGAUUGUAUAAACAGUGAGAUUUUAAUGUGUUCAUGUGUUUUAAUAAAUUGUAUAUAUGUGUCUUGCUCAGA